CCAGCUCCUAAUGUCCGCACUUUGGAAGGGUUCAAAUUUUCCUGUUGGGCCAAAGGAUCUCCUCCAAUAUACACUGCAUUGAUAAAGGCAAACACAGUGUUAGUUAACACAUCAGAAACAGCAAGUAUCCAGUUAGAUCAAGAAGGAAACUACAGCUGCGUGGCGACAAGUGAUCAAGGAAAGGACACAAAGGAGUUUUCAGUUUCUUUUACAGGUUGGAAUUCUAAAAUCUGUACUCCUACCCAAUAAAUGAUGAAUGACACUAAAAUUUCGCGGGCCAAUUUAAUUUCUCUCAUUGGGAUGCCAAAAUUUGGUGAAACCUACAAUGUCCACAAUUUAUCACACACAUGGCCAAAAACAACUAAUAAUAGAAAUAAAAUAAAUAGAUAAAUAAUAAUAUACGACUUAACGUUUUUUAAAUCACUAUAUUAUUAAUGUAUGUACCUCUGAUGGACUUCAUUUUCCUCUUUACUAAUAAUGGAUUAUGUAGUUCGGAGUACAGUAAAUCUUUGACAUUUCUAGCUUUUAUUCCCUGAAAGAGUGUUAUGUCAUGGUGUAUGCCGGAUUGAUCAUUCUUUCUAUUCAGAUUGUGGGCCAGAUUGCAGAUGUUACUCGAGCUAUAUUUACGGAAACUACAUUACCUGCAAGAGUUUUUCAUACUUAAGCCAAUGUGCCCCAGUGAUUACUGAAACAUUGUAAGGUGCCAAUCAUUCUUAUAUUAGUGACAAGUUUAAUCUGUUUGCUUGUGGUACGUUUGUUUUACUUUGUUCCAGUUAGAAUAGUAAUAUAUUUUUUUUUUCCUUUAGAAAACAAAGAGUUUGAAACUAAGAACGAAUGGAUUACGUUAAUGUAAAAAAUAAAGCCAUGGGAUAGCAACUCUUUUUUGUAAUUCACCAUUUGCGUAUCUCUUAUAAUAAACCUUGUUUGGCCCCGAAAAUUGUACAUAGAUAUUGCCCUCAAUUCCCCUGAGACGGCUGAAAUACCCAUGAGAAUUUAAAGGCCCAUUGCCAACCUUGAUGCAACGCUGUCCUUUUUUCGUUUUGUUUUGAAAUAGCGCUUUUGUAAACAGCGUGCUCUGAUUGCUCAACAGUUUUUCCAGCCUUUUUCGCAAAAAGACAAAAAUAGUCGGAGCUAGUCAGCUGUGGUCGCGUCGGCGUUGUGAUUUUCCCCAUCAAAUGGUUGCACACUACGCUCCGGAGAUACCAGACUACCAAAAGGUCAAAAGAUGACUGGUUUGCCUCGUACUUUCUUGUCGUUCACAAGUAACUGAAGUGGGUAUGACCUCAUUUGGCGUCCCACAGGGGUCUGUGUUUGGUCCUCCGUUAUUCUUAAUCUAUAUUAACGAUAUUGACAACUCUUCAGCGAAAUUCUCAUUCUAUCUAUUUGCUGAUGACACGAACUUGUUGAAUGCUGACACUAAUUUGAAAUCUCUUUAAAAAACCAUCAAUAGCAACUAGACUGGUUCCAUGCAAAUAAGUUAACGCUCAAUGCUAAAAAGUCAAACUAAGUUAUCUUUCGUCCAUAUGAACGUAAGUUGAACUACUCGGUUAACAUUGAAAUGAUUGAUAAGUGUACUCAAAAUGCUACUACCCUUGAGUGCAACAGACCAUGUUAAAUAUCUUGGCGUCCUAUUAGACAGCAAUUUAAGCUGGAAAUUUCAUAUUAAUAAUGUGGCAUUAAAAGUAAGCAGAACUGUUGGUGUUGUUGCCCGUCUUAGGCGCUUCUUCCCAGAUAUUAACCUUUUAAAUAUUUAUCAAUCAUUGAUAUUGCCUUAUCUGACAUAUGGUUUGGCGGCCUGGGGUCAAGCUGCCAAACUGCCCAUUUACAAAACAUUCUCGUGCUUCAAAAAUGAGUCCUUCGUUUGAGGUAUAUUUCUCAAACCCAGACGACAUGCAUUACCUUUAUUUAUUUGCUCAAAAAUUCUACCCUUACAAAUAUUAUAUGCUGAAAAAGGAUCUUCUAUAAUGUUUGACGUCUCCUGCUUAAAUGCUCUGUCUAACAUCUGUGAUUUCUUUACUCAAGCUAAUUCAAAGCACAAGCAUGAGACCAGGUUUUCUUCGUCCGGAAGUUAUGUCCAAUCUUCAAGACUGAAUCAAAAUCGAGGUUCUUUUUCCAAGUUUGGAGCUAAACCUUGGAACACGAUUUCCAACAAAUUUCGUCAACUCUCCCAAGGAGCUUCUAAAAAAGUAUUUUCGUGACUUAUUACUCUCGAUAAUGGAAGCAGAGGAUGAUUUUGUUGAAGUGCCCAUUCUGCUGCAAAAUAUCGCAAAUUCUGCUGCCACGACAUAAUGCUCUCAGUAACAAUUAAUAGCUUCUUUUAGUAGUAAAUGUCAGGGGCACCCAACGACAAUUUUCGGAAAAUAUAUAUCUGUUCGGAAGACGAUUUGAGAUCUAGAAUUUUCGGAACAUUUUUUCCAAAAUUUCUUGCCUGUCUGCCUCUCCUAGGAUUUUCGAACAUCUAAAAAAUGGUAUAAUUUCCCAUUUUUAACGGAUUUAUACCCUAAAAAGGUCGCCUACAAUUUUCGGGAGCCUUUUUUCUGGCUGAAAUUUUCGAAUAGGUAAGUUUUGAUCCCUGUAAUUUUUCGAAUCACUAGCUUUUCAGCUAGGAAAUCCGAACAGAUGAAAUAGGGGAUAAAAAUAUGCUUAUAUCUACCGUUUUAAUACUAAAAUACGUUUGACAAUGCUAUGUUUAAGUGGUUUUGAACCAUAUUCUUGUUGUACUAAUUUCGUUGUAAAAGACAUUAUAUCUCUCUUGUGUUAAAAUUAAGUCAUAAUGUUUUUCUUUUCUUUUCUUUUCUUUUCAGUACUCUUAGGUGGACAGAAAUUUCAGUUAUACCAAACAGAACGUUUAGCCGCAUGACAAAUCUGAAAACGCUGUGAGUAUAAUGCUACCACUUUUUUCAACAACACGCUUUCAGUGGGAGGUGAAGAGAUACUAACUAUCCCCGAGUAAUCACCCCCUUUUGGCUUUCUUUUAAUUUCACUUCAUUUAUUAAGCUUCAAUAGCUGGCUCUUUCCCUUUUGUAGAAACUUAUACGAGAACAAAAUAAACGGACUGACAUUUGAUGUGUUUAGCAAGCUGACAAGUCUAAUUGACCUGUAAGUAACUAGAUUGCACAUUUUUCCCUAACCAAGGUAGAGAUGAGUCCUUGCUGUCGACGUAAGGAUAAGAAUAAUUAGUAAAAAUAAAAAAUGUCCGAAGAAAAAGCACGAACUAUAAAAUAAAAAAAAAACAUACACGGAUUCAUAAGAAAUAGAUUACUUUAUGGUAUAGACAUAUUCAACAAGGCUGAAGAGUGUGAUUUUACAACUUUUUUCCACUUUCAUCAGCAUAACACCAUCUUCGGAGUCAGAUUCGAUGAUUCCUUCAAAGGAAUCAUUGUCGCAUAAAUUGCUUUAUGACUUGAUGCACAUAUUUUGUUAUAGUGAUCUGUCGGGGAACAAGAUAGCUGAGCUACCGGGCAGUGUGUUUUCCAAGUUGGCCAAACUGACUAACCUGUGAGUAUGUGUUUACGCACCUAAAUACAUAUCGUUUUUCUUUAUUUAAUAGAAUAGCUAUAGAAUAGCUACAAAUGUGCUUCAAAAAGAACAGCAAUGUGAUUCGUCAUGGUUUUCUGUAAUUCUGUAAGUGAGUUUGUAAGACUUCGUUUUAGGGAAUUAAACUCUGGUUUAAUAAACAAACCUUGUUAUGUAUGACUCAUCCUUAGAUAUUGUUUCAGAGUUCAAGGAACUUGGCUUACUUGUGAGUCAUAACCUCUCCUGCAAUUCCCACGUUUCCAAAGCAAACAGAAUGUUGGGUUUAAUCUCGCGUACAUAAAAGUCUAUUUGAUGUACCUACAUUGUGUAGAAGAGAGCCGCAAAAAGUUAAUUUUAAAAUCUGACGGUAAUUACGAAUCUCGUUUGAAGGAGCUUAAUCUUGUGUCUCUUGAGAAAGACGCUUUAUAGCUGAUGUCACUUUUUUGUAUAAAGUUUUAAAUGGUUAUUUUAAUGCAGAUUUUAGUAGUUUUCUAACUCAAGCGGUUUAAGGCCUGGGUCAAAGCCUGUGUUCUGAGCAUAUGAAUGAUUGGCAGUAUCUCUCGCUAGAAGACCUAGAAAAGAAAGAAUCCUUCCCCAAAAGUAUAUCAUGAGGUUUUCUUGUUUAAUUAUGGUCACGUGACAUGUCACGUGACCAAAGCUUGAAAAUGAAGGACUUUGGCGAAUUUGUGGGGAAUUUACAUUGUUUGGAUAAACAAAUUGGCUUUUCUGAAAGAGGAUAAACAUACCCAACUUUCUACGUUUGGAAUGAAUGUACGCGAAGUUUGAAAUUAAAGUGUUAAAUAAUUGAAGAUUAAUUAAGGCAUUUAAAAUGAUGGUUUUCCUUCUAAUUUUGCAAUGUGCAAUGGAUGGUCUUUCAAACGUGAAGUGAAGAUUAAAUUUGGGCAUUUAAAAUGAUGGUUUUUCUUCUAGUUUUUUAUUGAAGUGCAAUGGAUGUUCAUUCCAAACGUGAAGUCAAUAAUGUACGAUUUUUAGCUAAAUGGUCGCGUGACAUAUUGCUCGACUUAUUAACACAAUAUUUAUACUUUAAAAUGUUGAGGACGAUGAGUUCUUUAUGUGUGCCAAAUUUUGAUUCAGCGCCAUCAUCUAUGCCAAAGUUAUAGCCAAUAAUUUAUUUUGCCAAGGUAAACCCCUUAGUCCCGGGCCUUUAACUACUUAAAAAAUUUUUAUUGUCGAGACGAUCGUCAUACCUUUCGGAUUUUUGACUGCUUAAAACUAAGGAAAAACUUUGCUAGGACUACCAGUUUUAAAAACUCAUACUUUAACAGAAUUGUGGAUAGCCGGAACUGUCUACCUCGUGUAGUUCGCUUUAGUCAUGAUUUACACUCAUUUAGGGGCGGUGUUGAGGGGUUUUUGGGCCGGCCUGGUGAUCUUUAGUCUGUAAGUGGAACUGCAGGGUGUAGAUGAUUUGUCACACUGCGCUUUUUUGUUUUGCAUUUUUAUUGUAUUUAGGACAUGUGUACGGAAAUGCAUCUUGUAUGGGGUCUCUGGCUCUUUUGCGCAACUCCAAUGGCUCUCUUCAGUUUUUGUUUGUUUGUUUUUUUUAAAUAAUAUUAUUGUCAUUAUUAUUAUUAUUAUUAUUAUUAUUAUUAUAGAAUUUUGAACUUUUAUCAUUAAUUAUAUCUAUUUCCUCUUCUUUUAUGUAAGGUUAAGUUACUUGUAUUUUUUAGAAUUUGUAAAUGAAUAGUUUUUUCUUUCUUCACUUAUAAUAUAUAGGAUUGUUUUUGUUCUCUAAUGAAGGAAUUGUUUUUAAUUUGUAAACAAUACGAUAUAGUUUAAAAUUGUAAAUAUUACUUAUUGUUCUGAUACUUACAUUAAGAUUGGUUGUUAUUAUUAUUAUUAUUAUUAUUACUAUUAUUAUAAAAAAUGAAUUCUUUAUAAAAAUCUUAUAAAAACUACACACAAAACUUCUGUAAAAUAUUCAGUGAGGUAAGUGGGAUUCGAAUUCGUUUUAGUCGAAUUCAAACAUACAGAAUUUUUUACUUCUUACGGAGAUUGUUUGCUUAACACCAAACUUUAAGUUCCUAGUGUUGGAUUUUCAGUAGCAGGUCUAGAUCACACGAAAUUCGGCUUUUAUCAAUUUCAAAGUUUUUUGUUUAUUGUUGUCAUAGUAAUAUCAAUUGUACUUAAAACUACAUUUUCACAAAUUUCAAUCCAUAGCCAAUUACUGGUGAAAAUUUUAUAGCGAUCAGACAAGGAGAAAAUCACUUUUAAGGCCAUUGAAAAAUAUCGGUAUGGCCUCUCAAAAGCUGUAUCGAAACACCUUAAUCAAUGGCCAUUGACAUGGGCAUUGCAUUGGCCAUUGGCCAUAUCAUAUACUGUAUAAACUGUCUGAAUUCGAUUGAAAUACUGCCAAAUUCACCGCUGAUAUUACUUAAAUUAGUAGUUUCCAAUGGAAAGUUAAGUGCUGCGAGUAAAGCACGACAUUUCAAAUUAAAUAGUUUGAACCAGUUGCAAUUUAUUUACUACCAAGGGGAGAACAAACCUUGUCAGACGUUCCAGAAAAGCUCUUAAUAACUAAAGCAAUUUAUUAACUAGAGUUAUUCAUUGAUUACGGAUCCGCGUUCGUCACUUACGGAAAAAUUACGGAAACGAAUUAAGAGGCAGUCUGCCUAAAAGCGGUCCACUCGAUUUCGCGACAAAAAAUACUUUUGCUUUAUUUUUUGUCAGUGAAGAGGCUUUAGUAGGUGUAUACUAAAAUCGCUAUUUUUGUGUUCAAAUUCUUAUUCUUAGCUCUGCUACAAGCCAAAAACGAAUUGAGUCCGUCUCGGCUUCUCAGAGAGUGUUUCGAAGACUAAAAUUGAUGGAUUUUGAAAAGCGCGUUGCAAACAACCGAAUGCCCGCACAAAAAAUCUGUUCGAUUCAGUUUUUUUAGUUAACCUUCGAUAGUUCACAGGCUAAAUAAAAAUAUCUUUGAUCAAAACGUGUUCAAGUUACAGUGGUUCAAAGAAUACCUAUUUUGCAGGCUUGAUCGAAACCUUGAAAGUAAGGAAGAUUUGAGGCAAAAUAUCUCAAAAGUUGCGGCCUAAAUCUGGUUUAAAAAUCAUAUCAAAGUAAAGUUUUAAGCUUAUUUUUUUGGUUUAUAGGCUCAGACUUGCGGGUAUCUUCUGGGAUUGCAACCAACAGUAGAUUAUAAUCUGCCAUUUUGCGUAUUUGCAUAAUUACAGGCCGUGUCAGAUGUCAUGAUUGUACAGGUUAAAAGUUCCAUAAAACUGCCUCUUUUGACACUUGAAUUCGUCUCCGGCCUCUAAAAAAAAGUAAUUAAGCUUCUUUAAGUACUUUUGAAUCGAAAGAGAUAUACUAACAGGGAUGGUCAUGCAUGUUACUGAUUACCACGAUCAACUGGCGGGCGCCAUCGUCUUGUAACUACCUGCACGGAACAGUAAACAAUGUUUUUAAUAGAAUUCUCUAGAUCAGAAGUUGAUCCAAGCUCUCUAAGGAAUAAAAAUAAAUAUCACUACCCCGGGAUACAAAACAUGUACAAGAAAGGCAACGUAGAAUUUUAAGUUCUUUCCGCAAUUUCAGAGUGAAUUUCACCGCCGUGCAUAUAAAAGUCCAUAAAUUAUUGUAAUAAUCAGGCUGUUUAAAAGCGUUUGACGCACAACAAAAACAAUUAGUCAUUUACCGUUUUAUCUGUUCUCGGUAAAUAAGACGCUUACCUUUACUUUAGAUUCUUGAUGGAAGAAGUCUAUCCAGGCAGCUGAAGUUAGGCAGUUUCGUUUCAAAAUCAAAUCACAGCGUGAUAGUGUCACGUAAUGUUAUGGUCACGUGGCUACGUAACCCGUCGUGCUCCAAAAUCUUUGUGAUAAACGAACUUUCUGCUUCUCUCCCGAAAAAAAAAGCCCUAAUUGAAUGAGUUUUUCCUCAUUAAGUUGCACAAAAUGCGUAUCACACCAAGGAAUUUGUAUUGGUAAUGAAUCAUUAUUUUCACGGCAUGGACUCCGCCCUUCCAUAUUUUCAGGCCCGGCCCGCAUAGGAGAGGUGAGGGUGGGGGACGGUGGCAUACCAAUAUACCCGCUUUUGUCCUUAUAAGAUACCAAUAUAGCUAAAGAUUUGUAAAACGUUUGAUACCGAAUGCCUGAAAUUACCUUGAAAAAGAAUACUAUAUACCUAAAUAAGGUAUUUCAGGACUGAGACAGACCGUCCAACCCGGCUUUUUUAUUUAUCCCAGAAUCUAGUAUCAGCGUCCAAAGACAAGGAGCGAGCCGGUAUGGGCGGGUUAAGGCGGCAUGCUCCCCCAGAGACGCCAUUUCUAUAGUGUUAUUAGCCUGCGUAGCAGGCCCUUGAAAGUAGUGGACGCAAGAAAGAACGGGUGUCUCCGCGUGUCUCUCUCGCGCGCCCGUUCCUUUUUGCACCCACUACCUUCAAGGGCCUGCUACGCAGGCUAUGUGUUCUGACAAGGUCCUGCCUUUGUUUACAAUGCUCAUACAGUGCCCACUGCGCCUGUCCUCAACUCUAACGACUCAAGGAAACUGUAAAGCUUCCGAAGGUAUAUUAUCCUUAAAGCUCGCAUUUGGACCCGCUCUAUUGUACUAGGCAGAUGGGCAGGAAGGGCGUUAUAUCAAGCCACGCAACAUUGUACUCUAGGACGGAACGUAAGACAGCGACGCAGAUAGCCGCAAGGUCCAUUGCACCAAUUUCCUGGGCAACUCCCCCCCUGCCUAGACCCUUGUGCGAACGAACUGUUUUGAGUCUGGACCUUGUCAACCUGUGAUUAAAAAUCAUUUAUCUAUUUAUUUUAUUUGGCACUAAAAUUCCGUAAACCUGAACAAAAUUGAGCCCAGAUACCUGAAAACCCAAAACCCCCGGCCAGACCUAUCUCCUUUAGAACGUCAAAAUCACGUAACCCGGAUGUCAACAAGACGUCACAUUAAAAUACUCUACAUGGAAACUACAAGACUCCCUGUAGCUGCAUUUUUAAAGACUAUUACAUCCGUUCUUUGGAAACGUUUUUGUCGUACUAACUAUUUUGGCCUCUUAUAUGGGACAUUCUAAGUUGACAGCAUAAGGGAUUAGAGACCAGGUAGCACAGGCCACCCCACCAGGUUCCUAAUCUCAAUUGUUGCACAUGCGAUUUCACUCUUCUAGCAACAAACUUGAAAAACAGGAAUCAAAUUUUGCUCUAAAAAUUAUGCUUUGCCAAGCCCGAGAAAUGAAUUCACAUGUGCAACAAUUACAAUAAGCGACCUGUCAGGUUGGGGCAAAAGGGUUGGUAGGUCACCUCUCUAAUCUUUUAUACUGUACGUGAAUGUUAGAAUUGUACCAUAUAAGAGGCCAAAAUAGUCAUUACAAGAAACUGGUUUGAAAUGAACGGAUAAAAGAGGGUUCAAAAAAUGCACCUAAAGCCAACCUUACACCUCGUUGGCAUACUAACGUGAUUCUUGAAAACGUUUUAAAGGAAGGGAUUAAUAAAGCCUGCAAGGCGUAUUUUGCUGUGUGAUCGAUUUGAACUUUCGAUUGACCGGGAGUUGGGGGAAGUCAAAAAGUGAUUCCAAGGGAGAGGUUUGCCUGCCAUCCUCAUCGGGUCGCGCGAUAACAAAAAAACGCAUGGGCGAGGAUUAAAAAGGCCAGUGGUACCAUGCCGUAGAAAAUGAUUCAUUACCAAUACAAAUUUCUUGGUGUGAUACGCAUUUUGUGCAAUUUAAGGAGGAAAAACUCAUUCAAUUAGGACUUUUUUUCUGGAGAGAAACAGAAAUUUCGUUUAUCACAAAGAUUUUGGCCACCGACGGGUUACGUAGCCACGUGACCAUAACAUUACGUGACACUAUCACGCUAUGAUUUGAUUUUGAAACGAAACUGCCUAACUUCAGCUGCCUGGAUAGACUUCUUCCAUCAAGAAUCUAAAGUAAAGGUAAGCGUCUUAUUUACCGAGAACAGAUAAAACGGUAAAUGACUAAUUGUUUUUGUUGUGCGUCAGACGUUUUUAAACAGCCUGAUUAUUACAAUAAUUCAUGGACUUUUAUAUGCACUGCGGUGAAAUUCACUCUGAAAUUGCGGAAAGAACUUAAAAUUCUACGUUGCCUUUCUUGUACAUGUUUUGUAUCCCGGGAUAGUGAUAUUUAUUUUUAUUACUUAGAGAGCUUGGAUCAACUUCUGAUCUAGAGAAUUCUAUUAAAAACAUUGCUUACUGUUCAGUGCAGGUAGUUACAAGACGAUGGCGCCCGCCAGUUGAUCGUGGUAAUCAGUAACAUGCAUGACCAUCCCUGUUAGUAUAUCUCUUUCGAUUCAAAAGUACUUAAAGAAGCUUAAUUACUUUCAUUUAGAGGCCGGAGACGAAUUCAAGUGUCAAAAGAGGCAGUUUUAUGGAACUUUUAACCUGUACAAUCAUGACAUCUGACACGGCCUGUAAUUAUGCAAAUACGCAAAAUGGCAGAUUAUAAUCUACUGUUGGUUGCAAUCCCAGAAGAUACCCGCAAGUCUGAGCCUAUAAACCAAAAAAAUAAGCUUAAAACUUUACUUUGAUAUGAUUUUUAAACCAGAUUUAGGCCGCAACUUUUGAGAUAUUUUGCCUCAAAUCUUCCUUACUUUCAAGGUUUCGAUCAAGCCUGCAAAAUAGGUAUUCUUUGAACCACUGUAACUUGAACACGUUUUGAUCAAAGAUAUUUUUAUUUAGCCUGUGAACUAUCGAAGGUUAACUAAAAAAACUGAAUCGAACAGAUUUUUUGUGCGGGCAUUCGGUUGUUUGCAACGCGCUUUUCAAAAUCCAUCAAUUUUAGUCUUCGAAACACUCUCUGAGAAGCUGAGACGGACUCAAUUCGUUUUUGGCUUGUAGCAGAGCUAAGAAUAAGAAUUUGAAAACAAAAAUAGCGAUUUUAGUAUACACCUACUAAAGCCUCUUCACUGACAAAAAAUAAAGCAAAAGUAUUUUUUGUCGCGAAAUCGAGUGGACCGCUUUUAGGGAGACUGCCUCUUAAAGUCGAGAGGAGACCAGUUUCCCGGCCGAGGUGCCCCUAAUAAAAUUAAUAAGGACGGCUAAUUUGCAGUCGCGUGAUAGCUCGAAAAUUUCUGCCUUAGUGCCACAAGAACACCAGAUUAGGAUGCGUUCUGACGAACGCGAUUAAGCUUACAUAAACUAACUUACCAGCUUACAACAAAGCCUGUCUUAAAACCAUAUAAGACCGAAUCGUACAAAUUUGUACGAUUUUGACCUGGGAAACCAUCUUGAAUAAAUUGUAAGCUGUUUGGCUACUAGGCCAAACCCAAAGGGUAUCAUGGGGAAAAACCAUCUCUGACCUCCAUUUUAUAAGUGUUUUAAGUUUGUAGACUGAAUUUUUUGGCAUUUUCAAACGAAAAAAGUUGGCCCUUUUCAUUCGUGGGAAUUUAAAUUAGACUGCUGCAAAGCCUGGUAGCUUUCCAGCAAUAAAACCCUACUUUUAGAAAAUUUUAUGUCCAAUUAAGACCAGUAUCAUUUCAUAAUUGCAAAAGAACUGAAUUAAGGGAUCAUAAACAAGAAAGAAAUCUUUAAAUUAGUCAGCAGCUGACUAAGUGGUUUAGAAUCUAGUAGUUUAGAAUCUACCUUUCCUUUGCCAUGCUGAAAAGACGAUUACUACAUCUGUGGCUCCCUUGCGGCUAAGAUAAAUUUUGUUCGUCCCUUUUUUAUCUAACAGGAACCUUCAAAACAAUAGGAUAGAAAGUCUACCUAAACAAGUGUUUGGCAAACUAUGCAAUCUGGAACAAAUGUGAGUGUAAAGGAGCCCUGAUCAAUGUCUUUUUCUUCUUUCUCAAGAAUGUCCUUUCCUUAAAUUGUAGCAACUUAUGUGAAAAAAAAACAAGAAUUUAUAACUAUUUAUAACUAUUUUAAUGUUAUAAAGAAUUCAUUUGCGAGUAACAAAUAAAACUCUUUAUAUAAAUAUAUAUAUUUAUUUAAUUUUAAAAAUAUGCAGGAUAUAAUAAGCAUGCCUGAUGUGAAUCCAAUUCACACAUAGCUCGAAAGUGUUAUGCUGCCGAACCGAUAAAUCGAAUCAGGUUAUCGAACAAUGUCCUGACUCAAUAUUUCAUACAGCGGGUACUUUAUAGGUCAAGCAAACCGGCCUCAAAUUAUUGGAAUGACGAUGUUUAAAACUCAUGAUCACAUGUAAUACUCUUCUUAACUGCAUGCUUGGUUCUCUGACAUAUUACUGUACUUGAUCCAGGCCUAUUUUCACAUCCUAAACAAAUUAAAAUAAAAAAACCAAGACAAUAAGGUGUCUUUACUUGGCCAUUCACCGUUGACUUAUGCUCUGUUACUCCACAGGGAUUUAUCCUUGAAUCAAAUAACUGAGCUACCACACGAUGUGUUUUUUAAUGUGACAAAGCUGAAGACACUGUGAGUUGAAAGAUACCAGAAGCGAUAAAGCACACCUUAAUACUGGCCAUGUUGUAGAAAACAUUUCAUUACCCCAAUCUACCCACAACCUCAACCCUGUCUUAAACCACUUCUAUAGACAUGCAAGGUACUGGUUAAAACAAAAAUAGAAGAAGAAGAAAAGAAAAGAAUAGAAAGAAAGAGAGAAAACUAAUGAAACUUUGAGGAAAAAAAAAAAAAAGCUUAAGUGUAGGCUUGUGGCCCUUGGAACCCAACUGUUGCUCUCGGGCAGCUAGAAAAUUCCAUAUUUUUAUUCAAAUUAUUAUGGUGGGCACACUCGAAUUUAAAGCUUCAGGCCACUAGGCUUCCUUCAAUUUUCCUUAGAGCACUGCCUUGGUUCCACAUGCCAUGCCAUAAUCAAGUUUUUUUUUUUUUGUCCAACACCUCAUAUAACUUAUGACCUUACCUUAACUGACUGCCUAGUUUUCUCGUCAAGGCUUUUAAGCUACACAGAAACACUAAAAAAUAAUAAUAAUAACUACUACUGACAACACACACACAAAUAAAAUGAAAUAAAACAAAAACAGUAGUAGCAAUAGUAGAAGGCGAAGGGAACAUUGACGAAAUUCCUUUCCACCCUUUACAAAUACGUUUGCCUUAAAACCAAUAGCAGUGUACUGACAAUUGCCUCUCCAAUACAAAUUGAGCAUAGCGGAUUGCUGUUGUCCGAAGUUCACGAGUUAAUAACAUGACCCAAGCUGAAAUCUUCAGUUAUUUGGAUGAGGCUGAGUAUGAUUCGGAGAAUUUUGCAAAUCGAGGAGUUUGCUAUCGGCCGAGGCGGAUAACACGCUCUGAGAUCUGAAGAUAGGUAAAUUAUGUGCGAAAGACGAUUUUAUAAUUAACUUAUUAUUCAUUUUAAAAAGAAUAAUAAUCCGUACUUUAAAACUCGUGCUAAACUAUUUCGGUUUCGCAAAAGCUAUGAAAUAAUCUGCUGUUUUUUCCAGCGCUACUAAACGGCUGAGUCCUCGUCCCCAUGGACGUUCGGUUUCGGUCAUUUUUUACAGUAAAUAGCGAUAGCCCGUAGUUUUAAUUAGAGAUCUAAAGAUUGAAGAUUUCCGGCAUCUCCCGCGAACAGCGAAUCGAGAAAGUCAAGAAGUCACGUGACGAGGGUCUUACCGUCAGGUUUGCUGUUUGAGGUUGACGUUUGUACGGCUAGAGCAACCUCAAGAAGUAAGUGAUUUACCGCAAGAUUUUUUGCACCAUAAAAAGUCACAAUCCCACAUUUGAGAAGAAAUACGACUUUCUAGAACUUUUUUUGCUCAUUGAUUAUCGAAUUCUAUUUGAGAAAAAAACUUAAUCUUAAAGACAAUUUCUGAGCUAAAAUAGAAGUUAGUGGAUGAAUGAACACUAACAUGGCAGCUUUGAGCUACUACCGGCGAAAUAAUAUGGGCAGACGGGUAACGUAAAACCGUUAACCGCAAACCGCAGUUUGCCGUUUGCAGUAGAAUGAACAAACCUCGAUCUUAAGGUCUCUAAUGACGCCAUUUUACCGGGAUCUCAAACGUCUUCCAAAUCUGAUCAACGGCUUCUUGGUUCGAAAAAUUAUCCAGGGCAUAUUUGUCAAAACAGAGAAAUAUUUUGAACGGAGUAAUGUGAGCAUGCGCAAAAACACACCUUCCAAGACAAUAGAGCCUGCCUUGGAAAACAAUCCUUUUAAUCUUUGAUUGAAAAACACACUAGGAGCGUAUAACUGUCGUUAUUAUUAUUAUUAUUAUUAUUAUUAUUAUUAUUAUUGUUAUUAUUAUUAUUAUUAUUGUUAUUAUUAUUAUUAUUAUUUCAGUGAUUUGUCCAACAACAAUAUUACUCAACUUCCCAGUAAAGUGUUUAGCAAGCUGACGAGUCUGACUCACCUGUAA